AUGGUGAAAGGGAUCAUGCCUAAACACCAUUUCAUAUUGUGGAUGGCGCUGCAAAUGAGGCCCAAUACAGUGGACAGAUUACUAAAGUGGGGCAUAAGAGUACCAGAGGAGUGUGUCCUCUGCUCCUCCACAGCAAUGGAGACUCAUUCCCACUUAUACUUCGAUUGCCAAUAUUCCAGAGCUAUUUGGCAGAAGCCCCUAAUCUGGAUGGGGUGCAAUAGGCAAAUAGGUAGCUGGUUAAAUGAGGUAGAAUGGGUCUCAAAGCAGGUCAGGCAUAAGAAAGUCAUAGGGGAUAUAUUGGGAACAUUGUUUUCAGCUACAACAUAUCAUGUAUGGAUAGAAAGGAAAAAUCAAAGAUUCCAACAGAGCAGCAGGACUAGUGAAGAGAGACUGAAGGAGAUUGCAUGUCAGAUUUUUAUAUUGGCCCAAUGA